UUCCACUCGGAUAACAAAUAUGGCGACGCGUCCGUUUUUCUCUCGUGUUCUCCGAUCGGCUCCCGACAGGGGGAUCGGAAUUUCGUGCUUUUUGCGGAUUAACUGGAGUCUUUGCACGCGCAAACUCCUCUAUCUGUUUCCUCCGUUGAUUAAUAUCAUCCGUGGCUCUUCCUAAUUGCGAUUAAACCGCCAUUUUACCUAGUUUUUUAGCCGAGGAAUGACGUUAAUGAUCCGAUCUCUCUUAAGCUAAUCGAAUUAACACACACACACACGGCCUGUUGUGUAUUGUACACUGUGUUGUGUGAAUAUAAUACGGUGACGUUGUAAAUUAUGGGAGUGCUUGCGUAUUGUUUAUUUAUUAAGUGUUUUUUUUUCUCCUGUUUUUCUUUUGUGAGGUAAUUUCGUGUCUGCAUCUGUCAAGUUUUGUAUCUGUAAACUUGGAGUUUACUGUUCAACUGAGUCCAAGUUAUUGAUUCCUGUGUUUGUUGGUGUGGCUUUUAUGGAGAAAAAUCACUAAUAUACUUUGCGGUUUCUUUUUAAUUAAGUUGUCUGUAUUUAGAUCCCUGUAUUCCUUUUUCCACUCAGCUCCUCCGCUUCCUACCUUAAUUUUGGCGGACGGGCUGGCCAGGACCCGAAUCAACUUUUAAAAAUGGUUUCUGUCCCACCUCGUGUUUGUAAAAAUUCAUAUUUCUCUAGGCAUUUUCAUUUCGUGUCCUUAGUUUAUUUUAUCUGAUACAAUUAUCACAGUGUGCCAAGGCAAAUAGUUUUGAAAUUUCAUACUUUGUGUGUGUAUUGUUUAUAAUAGGCUUUGUUUGUUUUAUGUGUUUAUGGAAAUCUUAAAAUACCCUGCAUACUUUAAAUACCCGACGUAGGAAUGCGAAUGGAAUUUUUAAAGAAUCGAAAGGCCGAAUGUUCGGACUCCUUUUAGAUGUGAUUCUGUUCGGAUGGAAAGUUUCCACAAAAAUACGGCCGGGAAAAGGGUCCUUUCGCAUCUUUUCUCUACCUUUAGAAAUCAAUGAAUGAUAAGAGGAAAUGCCAAAGGGGCCCGGACGGUCGAGGGCUCGAUGUUUCUAGCAUCCUACGUGCCCAGAAGUUUUAAUGAAUUUUCGUCUUAACGUGGAUACUAAAUUAAAUGUUUGUGUGUGUAAAAAUGUGUGUGCGACGAGAUAUCGAUUCAUCAUCCAAAAUGGUGCCUUAUCUGGAAUGUGUGAACGAGAAGUUUUUGCUUGGAUUUGUUGUUUUAUCAUUGUCUCUGUUAUAGUGAUUGACUGCAGUUUUUCAUUCUGAGGAAUUUGUUCUCAAAUGAAGGGGGUGACAAUGUAAUAUUUUUGAGAGGAUUAGAACGACGAACUGCUGUGAUUUCUACGUAAAAUUGUGUGCAUGGUUUAUGAUGUUUACUCAAGUAAACGUGGGUAUUAUUUGUAAAACUGCUAAUUUAAAUCCAUUACAUUGCUUUAUCGUACGUCGCUCGAUGCGACGAAAUUCACGAGGGCCACCGUAGACACAGGAACCUAUGAUCAAUCAGGAUAACGACAUCCAGAAGACGAAAUUCCUGCCACCGAACUCCGCGGAGCCAUGGAAUCAUAACGGGCAGAUGCUCCGUGACAUCAAAGAGAGCCUGAGUCAUCUUCGUCAAGAGAAAUCUAGUGUAUUAUCUACGUCCUCUGGAUCUGGAUUACCUAACGUGUGUGCUCAAGCCUCUUAUCAAUCCGCAACAUCUCCCACUUAUUUAUUAUCAUCUUCAAAGUGUCACCCAAUGCAAAUCAAAUCUGAUUUUGCUAGUGGUGGAACUGUGCAGCAAAACACCGGAUUGGGAACCACGAAUCCUAAUGGAGUUAUCUUAGGUGCUUACAGUGGUGGCGUAUCCGAUUCAAGAGUCGCCGGAGCAGUAAAAUCUGCUCAUUACAGACAAAAAGCCUUAGCGGAGAUUAGAAAUAGUUUGGAGCCGUUCGCAAACAAACUAGAAUUAAGUAGUUCUAGUAGUAACGCUAGUGAUUCGAGUGGAUUCAGUCAAACAAUCGAUAGUGUUAGUUCCUGCCCAAAUGGAUUAGACAAGGAUAAGUUACAUAAUCCUGAAGAUAUAUUAUCUUCCAUGGGCUACAAGGACUUGGCGUUUCGCUUUCUAAAUCUGUCGGUGGACAAGAACGAGGAGGCGUCGGCGGGAAGGGAAGCGGUGCAGAAGGCCAACGGAUGCAAGAAGACGACGCUGACGGAGGCGCCCAACGGUCUGACCAGAUACGCGGCUCUCAGCAAGAUCAAUUUGAAACACUUGCAAAAGUCGACCGCCGGCGGCACUCAACCCGACAGCGGAUGGGAGGGAAGUCAGUCACAGUUCGGUACGGGCAGCGCCACCGACAGUGUGCGCUCGGACAGUCCGGGAGCCUCCGCGGGACUCUCCGACGCUGCGGGGGUCCGGGGACGGGGGGCCGGACCUGGCCGUCCCGGGUGGAAGAGGCGGGGCCCGGCCGCCCUCCCGGCCGACGAGUCUCCUCCGCCUCCCCCUCCACCUCGCGGGGCUGCGGCUCCUCCCCCCGUUCCUCCGGACGGACCCGCUCCUCCCCGGCCUCUACCUCCUCUUCCCUCUGUCUCGCGGGCCGAGGGUCCCGUCCCCUUCGGCGGAUCCGCCCACCCGCACCUGGCCCGGAGGUUGCGGCGACUGGGCGUCUGCUCAUCUGGCGGCUCCCCGUCAGAGGAGGGGGACCUUCCCCCUCCCUAUCCCGCCGUGCCGGGGGGCUCGCCUUCGGCCCGCUCUUCGCCGCCUCCUGCCUCCGGACGUCCUGCUCCCUCCUUUCUUCGGCCGCGGAAGAGGACACCCCCUCCCGCUUACCCGUCCUCCUCGUCCUCUUCCGGUUCUGGCCGGGGGCCGAGGCCUCCUCCCCCCUGCGGGGUGGCGGGCCCGGCCGCGGCAGCAGUGGUGACCACCGUGGGGCCUGUUCCACACUUUUCUUAUCUGCAGUCUUGGAGUUCGCGUCAGGCCAAGUCGCAGUCUCCUGUCAUCAUGCACUCCGUCAAGAGCACACAUGUCCAGAAGCCGGUGCUGCAGACUGCUGUUGCCCCCACCUCACCACCGGCUGUCCGGGACGCAGUUUCGGAGUCUUCCCGGGCUGGUCAUUCAAAUGUAUGUCUCUCUGCCAGGGAUCGUGUUGGCCUGCCCCCAUACUUUAAUGUUCGGGAUGUCGGCGCCUCCUCCGAUCUUCCGUCUUAUCCACUCUGCUCCCCGGGUACAGAUUCUGCACCACCGCCACCUCCAUAUUCAAUCACUGCAAGGACGCGGUCAGCCACACGGGACUCUGAUGAUGGACCAAAACAGAGACGGGGUUGGGGUGUGUCGGGAUGUGAGAUGUUGCAGAGUGCCCGGGUUCCACCCUCUGUGCCGACGACCGAACCUCCCAGUUAUGCCUGUGGGGUGGCAGCUCUGGCAGUCCAGAGGGCAACGUCAGGCGCAGGAAGUAACGCACCCGUUGGCUACGUCUCUACACGGGCGACGUCGUCGCGGCCUGACGUUGGAGUGCCUUCUGUGCUCGAUUCGUCUCACCUGGUAAAUACGGCAGAGAGCAUUCGCACAUCCCAGUCGACGGCAAUUCCUUGUGGGUACGACGGCAGUGUAAAUAAUAAUUGGCUGGAAAAUCAUUCUUAUUUUCUGCCACAACCACCGCCUCCGCUGCCUAGGAAACCCGCUCCUGACCCACCGGAUGUUUUCGAUUCUGCCAAUGGAUUUGGAUCCAGACCAGAGUCUCCAUGCAAUGCAAAUCGGGCGGAUUCCGGAAGAGAGAGGAGGACUCCCCCGCCACCUCCAUACAAGAAGACAAUGCACCAGUCGCCCAUACCACCCAGAAAGGUUUUGUCAAGAGAAAUGGAAGAAGAAAGGAGGGAGACCAAAAUUAGAAAUUUCUCUCCGACUGCCUUUAAAUUUUAUAUGGAACAGCACAUCGAAAAUCUCUUGAAAUCUCAUCAGCAGCGGAUACACAGGAGGCAGCAGCUAGAGACCGAAAUGGCAAAAGUGGGUCUUUCAGAAGAAGCUCAAAAUCAGAUGCGACUAAUGCUCCACCAGAAAGAAUCAAAUUACAUCAGAUUAAAAAGAGCAAAAAUGAAAAGGUCCAUGUUUGUCAAACUGAAGACUGUAGGAAUCGGGGCCUUUGGCGAGGUGGCUCUCGUCCGAAAAGUGGACACCAGACAACUCUACGCCAUGAAAACUCUCAGGAAGGCGGACGUGUUCAAACGCAAUCAAGCAGCCCACGUGAAAGCCGAAAGGGACAUACUGGCGGAAGCGGACAAUGAGUGGGUGGUUAAACUGUACUAUUCAUUUCAAGAUAAAGAUAAUUUAUAUUUCGUUAUGGACUACAUACCCGGUGGUGAUCUCAUGUCUUUACUCAUAAAAUUUGGCAUAUUUCAAGAAUCGCUCGCAAGAUUCUACAUUACGGAACUGGUCGUGGCCAUUGAAAGCGUACACAAGAUGGGAUUCAUUCAUCGCGACAUCAAGCCCGAUAACAUACUAAUCGACGCGGACGGACACAUCAAACUGACUGAUUUCGGCCUCUGCACCGGUUUCCGCUGGACUCACAAUUCAAAAUAUUAUCAGAGAAAUGGAGAACACAACAGACAGGAUUCGAUGGAUCCGGACGAAAACUGGAACAACGAAUGCCAUUGUAAAUCCAUGAAACCGCUAGAAAGGAAGAGACACAGCGAACAUCAGAGAUGUUUGGCUCACUCACUGGUGGGAACGCCAAAUUAUAUUGCGCCGGAAGUGUUAUUGAGAACGGGUUACACUCAGCAGUGUGAUUGGUGGAGCGUCGGCGUUAUAUUAUAUGAAAUGUUAGUCGGACAGCCACCGUUCUUUGCAAAUACUCCAGCAGAAACACAGCUUAAGGUUAUUAAUUGGGAAACUACCCUCCACAUACCAAAAGCUGCCAACCUUUCAAAGGAAGCAACUGACAUCAUCCUAAAGCUGUGCUGUGGCCCUGAAAAACGGCUUGGAAAAAACGGAACGGAAGAGAUAAAGAGCCAUCCCUUUUUUGAGAACGUUGACUUUAAUGGUGAUCUGCGCAAACAGCCGGCACCUUACAAACCCAUCAUAUCUUCUCCUACUGACACUUCCAACUUCGAUCCCAUUGAUCCAGACAAACUGAGGAGCAGUGACUACAGCGAUGACGAAAAGAACAGAAAUGAAUUAAACAACACAACACAUCCAGAACACGCAUUUUUUGAAUUCACGUUUCGGAGAUUCUUUGAUGACGGUGGACAGGCCUACCCCGUCAAGAUUCCCAUGGAGGAGACCUUUGGCUACAUGGACAAUGGGGAUUCUGCCAUUUAUACGGACAGUACCAACAGCAACUAUGGCGAAAUUAAGGAUUCUUCCUCUUACACAGACGACAAGAAACCUCCCGUGUAUGUCUGACCAUUGCCGUCCAUAAUUCCACUCGAGUCUCUCUAUUUUUGUAAAACAAAAUUAGUUAUACAAAUACUCAAACUCAAAGCUAUAUUUUGAGAUGAUUUUAUAGGAGGACCACGGUCGUAAACGACCGGCACGCUUCUAUUUUUUCAAAAUAUGGAUUUUGUAAAGCUGCCUACCAAUUUUAAAUUUGUAGGAAAUUUAUUUUUAUAUGCAGAAAUCACGUUAUUUUUCCAUCACGCUCCGGAGAAUUGUAGGCGCACGGAGCUUAGAAUUCUAUUUGUGGCAGCAAAGGAUCUCUAUAUGGAAGCUGAAUUAUUUUGUAAAUAAUGUAAAAUUUGAUUUUUUGGUAUUGUAUAGAGGAAAAACGUUAUUGUAGAUUGGACAAUUGUAAAUAAUUUUACAAACUUUUAUCACAAAGUGAUAACUAGAGAAUAGCUUCUGAGAGGGGCAUCUUUCUGUACAGGCUCGUUUACCAUCGUCGUCCAGCGGAAACGGAGCCGCGGCGUAGCGUAAAUAAAAGUUUAUUUUGUGCGGCGAC